AAUCAAACCAUUCAUACAAUCACUUCAAUUGAUCCCAAGAUAUGGCACAACAGAUGAGAUAUCUGAAGGCAUCACUCGAGACCACAGAUGGCGGCUAUGAAGACAUUAGACAACAGCCUAAGAUUUACGCGAAGAACUCUUUGGACAGAUUUGGUGAUGAUUUGUGUGCACUUAUAGUGUCUUAUCUCACAUUUGAAGACCGAUUCCGUUACGAAUGUGUGUCCAAACAGUUCCGGAGGACAGUCUUCGGGAGUGUUGUGGACAUCACUUUUAUCGACCGAUAUAUUCAUAGAGUAUUGAAUGAGAAGACAAUUGACAGACAAAUGUUGGCCACAAUUGCCAUAAAGUGUACAAACAUUCAAAUCAUUGACUUUCGAGAAAUGUAUUUAUACGAGAGUCGAGUCCCGGAAGUGUUGGCCAUAUUUCGCGACAAUUGUCGACAUUUACGUGAAAUCUAUUGCAAUGUUAUCUACAAUAAGAUUGAAUGGUUUCACGGCUUAGGAUCGCUGGUCACACGUAUCGGACGCGUGGCCUAUACUCCGAGCGAUACCUUUCGAUACUGUAAUCGAUUGUCUGAAUUAGUGGCCAAAUAUUUGCCGCAAAUGUUUCCCGACUCGGAUCGCAAUCCGGUCCACACGUUGAAGAGAUUAUCGCUUGAAUACUACGGCAGAGUCGAAGAUAAUCAACUGUUAGCCGCUAUUGUGGCCAAUAAUCAGUCGCUCGCGAGUCUCACCGUAACUAAAGUCAUGGCCAUUACCGUAGAAUUUAUAACUGAAUUCACGGACCUAUUGUCACGAUUACCGCAAUUAAGACAAUUGUCACUCAAUCUACACGUGACAGGCAUUCCGUACUCAGUGGACGAGUUUUUGCGUACAAUUGCCGCGAAUUGCAAACAAUUGAAACGAUUGUCAUUCGGAACGGUUACCCACUCUUGUGUCCUGACAUUGGAUUCGUUGCUAUAUUUUUCACAAUUAAAACGAUUGGAUUUAACACUCAAUUUGUUGAUCGGAGACUACAGAGACAUUGAGAGCCAAUUUAUGGAUCCGUUGACACUCUGCCACGGAUUGACACAUUUAACGCUUAAUGUCUGGAAUAUGAACACCAAAUUCAUAACCUAUUGUGGCAAUCGUUGGCCACGACUUCAAUACCUGGCCAUAUGUGACAAGUAUUACAUUAUAGACAACGUUUGUUUGGAUCACAUCUCAAGACUACCGGCGCUGCAAACGCUGGUCUUUGAGUGCAAUAUAGGCUUUGGUGUUAACGAUCAUGACUUCGAGGAUCUGUUGUCGAGAAGUCCUAAACUCAAGAACAUUGAAACCAAAGGAAACAAUAUCUCGAAGUGUUAUUUAAAGUAA